AUGGCGUCGAUUUCAGCCUUUGGCUACCUCCCUCCGUCUUCGCCUCAAUCCACUUCUCUCACCGGAGCUUCCUCCACCACCAGAUGCCGGACGACUGUAGCUGCUCGAUUAGCUGACCAACCAGAUGAAUCCUCUCCUCUUCGGUCUUCUGGUGGAAAUUGUGGAUGUGUUGUCAUUUCUGGAGAGUUUGAUCGCAGAAGAUUGAUGGUUUCUGCUGUUAGUUUGUUGAUUGGAGCGUUUGCAUACGAUGCUAAAGAUGGAGCGGUUGCAUCAGCUUCCCAGUUCGCUGACAUGCCAGCGCUCAGAGGGAAAGAUUAUGGCAAAACGAAAAUGAAGUAUCCAGACUAUACAGAAACACAAUCUGGCCUUCAGUAUAAGGAUUUGCGUAUAGGAACUGGGCCUAAGCCAAAGAAGGGAGAAAAAGUAGUGGUUGACUGGGACGGUUACACGAUAGGUUACUAUGGCCGCAUAUUUGAAGCUCGCAAUAAAACAAAAGGGGGUUCUUUUGAGGGUGAUGAGAAGGAGUUUUUUAAAUUUACCUUGGGAUCCAAUGAGGUGAUACCUGCCUUCGAGGAGGCUGUCUCUGGGAUGGCUAUUGGUGGUAUAAGAAGGAUAAUUGUACCUCCAGAACUAGGAUACCCGGAAAAUGACUACAACAAGAGUGCCCCGAGGCCGAUGACUUUCUCUGGACAACGUGCAUUAGAUUUUGUGCUGAGGAACCAAGGCCUCAUAGACAAGACACUUCUCUUCGAUGUUGAACUCCUUAAAAUUGUACCCAAUUGA